AUGACUUCAUCAUUACUCUGUCAUCCUGAUACUGUAAUAUCUCCUUCUUCUACUCUGGUUCCGAUCCAAGCUUUGAGUAAAAUUCCUCGUCUAAAACCCGCUCAAUCCAUAUCUUCACCAUCAUCAUUUUCUGCUACUGCUGCUCCUAUUGCCGCCGCAUCUACUAAUGUAGUAGAAAAUGGUCUUCCUGUUUUUGAUCAAACCAAUACCUUGCGUAUUUACCAACGCAAAAAUAUCGUUUUUUUUGGAGACAACAAUAUACGGAAGAACUACCGUGAUCUGUUACGGUUAUUACAUAAGGGUAAACUUAUGAAUGAUGCUGAACUUAAAACAGGACAUACAUAUCAUCGAUUAUAUGCCAAUGAAGUUCAAAUUGAAACAAGUGGUAUUCCCGGAAUGUACAAUCAUAUUGAUUGUCGUCGUUUUGUUUGUGAAGCUUCAUCGACCGUAGUGUAUUUUAUUCAUCUGGGAACUAUUUUCAAUACAAAUUGUCCGUUAAAUAUUGAAUGGUUGCAACAAAUUACGCAGGGCGAUCCCAUUGAUGUUCUAGUGGCAUCGUGCGCUUAUCCAGAUUUAUCCUUUCAUCGAUUAGAGAUAAUGAAUUGGAAUUUUCAAACCACUCUACAAAGAUUCGAAUCAGAAUUGCCUAUUGUUUUAACAAAAUUAAAGUUUGCUUUUUCUCGUCGCGAGAACAAUCAACCAAUUCUGAUAUGGAUGUCACCUAUUCCACAUACGAUUUCGAAUGACAUACAAAAUCGUCAAUUUGUUGAACUUACUGAGAUCUGUUUGAAUAUAACCAAUCAGCUCGAAUUCAAACAUUUAACACGUAUGCAUCCAUGGUGCGAUAAUUAUAAGAGUUUGUUUGUCAAAGAUAAAUGUCACUUUUCACCUACAGGAAUUCGUCAUCUCACGAAUCAAAUAACUGAAAUUAUUUCAAACAAACAGCAUCGUCAAUCAUAUGUUGAUCUUCUACAACCAAUUAAUGUACCCAUUCUGAUUUCUCAACCACCAUUUCCAAUCGUCGAAUUAACCUUUCCUCAUCUGACAGAUUUGAAAAUUAAACAGCGAAAAAAAGUUCGCAAACGUCGUCGCAAGAAACGUCUCAAUCUCAGUGACAAACUAAAACCAACCUAA